AUGGUAUUGAUAAUGGAUUCUGUGAACUCCUUCAAAGGAUAUGGAAAAGUAGACGAAGCUCAAGAUUUAGCGUUGAAGAAAAAGACAAGAAAACGUCUGAUUCUCCUAUCCGUCUUCGUCGUAAUCCUCGUCGCCGUAGUAAUCGCCGCCGUGGUCGCAACCGUCGUUCACAACAAGAAGAAAAACUCGUCCGAGUCAGCACCGAGUCCUCCUUCCGAGUUGACUCCAUCCACUACGCUUAAAACCAUUUGCAGCGUAACUCGUUUCCCUGAAUCUUGUAUUUAUAGUAUCUCGAAGCUUCCGGAUUCCAACACAACAGAUCCGACGACUCUGUUUAAGCUGUCGCUGAAAGUAAUCAUCGAUGAGCUCGACUCGAUUUCCGAUUUGCCGGAGAAUCUCGCCAAGGGGACGGAUGACGAGAGGAUCAAGUCGGCGUUAAGGGUCUGCGGGAAUCUGAUCGAAGAUGCGUUAGAUCGGCUCAACGACACUGUUUCCGCCAUGGAUGCGUCCGAAGACGGGAAGAAGAAAACUCUAACCUCGUCGAGAGUCGAGGAUCUCAAGACUUGGCUGAGCGCAACCGUCACGGAUCACGAGACGUGUUUCGAUACGAUAGACGAGUUGGCCGGGAACAAAACAGAGUACCGGAACUCGACGAUUACGCAGAAUCUGAAAUCCGCCAUGAGCAGAUCCACGGAGUUCACCAGCAACAGUCUUGCGAUCGUAUCGAAGGUCCUCGCUGCGUUAAGCGAUUUGGGGUUUACGAUUCACGGAAGAAGACGGCUUUUGAAUCAGCAGCCGGAGUGGGCGCGACGGAGGUUGUUGCAGACGGAGAAUCUGAAGCCUGAUGUGACGGUGGCGGCUGAUGGUUCCGGCGAUGUGAAGACGGUGAACGAGGCGGUGGCGAUGGUGCCGAAGAAGAGCUUGAAGGUGUUUGUGAUUUAUGUGAAAGCUGGAACGUAUGUUGAGAAUGUGGUGAUGGAUAAGAGUAAAUGGAAUGUUAUGAUCUUCGGCGAUGGAAAGAGCAAAACCAUUAUUUCCGGCGGCAAGAACUUCAUCGACGGGACUCCUACUUAUGAAACGGCGACGUUUGCUAUACAAGGCAAAGGAUUCAUAAUGAAGGACAUCGGAAUCAUAAACACCGCCGGAGCAACAAAACAUCAGGCGGUGGCAUUCCGGUCAGGCUCCGAUUUCUCAGUCUACUACCAAUGCUCCUUCGACGAGUAUAAGAAUACGGGUCCCGGGUCGGAUGUAACCCAGAGAGUAACAUGGGCCGGGUAUAAACCGGUAAUGUCUAGUGACGACGCUGCGAGGUUUACGGUGGCUACGCUUUUACAUGGCGGUGAUUGGAUACCGGCGUCGGGAGUUACGCACCAGCUAUCUUAA